ACCGCUCCGCACCGCUCCCGCGCCGCGCCGCGCCGCUACGCGUGGACGGACCCCGCCGCGCCCCCGGCGCCGCGCCCCGCACCGCGGCUCACCGCGCGUCCCCUUCUCUCUCCGCAGCCCUGACAGUGUCUCCCACGCCGGUGGUGUUUUGUACCAUUUUCUUCUUUUUUCCCCUUUUUUUUUUUCCCGAUUUCGAUAUUUUUUCUUUUUUGCCUCUGUUAAUACUUCUAUUUUUUUAUUAUUGUUAUUUUAUUAUUAUUCUUGUUUUUAGCGACAGCUUUCAAACCUACUUUGGGGUCUUAAAACGAAACCGUACACCAUUUCACUGUGGACAUUACACCCUCUUACAGAUAUGGGAGACAUGGGAGACCCACCAAAAAAAAAACGUCUGAUUUCCCUAUGUGUUGGUUGCGGCAAUCAAAUUCACGAUCAGUAUAUUCUGAGGGUUUCUCCGGAUUUGGAAUGGCAUGCGGCGUGUUUGAAGUGUGCAGAGUGUAAUCAGUAUUUGGACGAGACCUGUACGUGCUUUGUUAGGGAUGGCAAAACCUACUGUAAAAGAGAUUAUAUCAGGUUAUACGGCAUCAAGUGCGCCAAAUGCAGCAUCGGCUUCAGCAAGAAUGACUUCGUGAUGCGCGCCCGCGCCAAGGUGUACCACAUCGAGUGUUUUCGCUGCGUGGCCUGCAGCCGCCAGCUCAUCCCCGGCGAUGAAUUCGCGCUGCGGGAGGACGGCCUCUUCUGCCGGGCGGACCACGACGUGGUGGAGAGGGCCAGCCUGGGCGGCGGGGACCCUCUCAGCCCCCUGCAUCCCGCUCGGCCGCUGCAGAUGGCAGAACCUAUCUCUGCCAGACAGCCAGCUCUGCGGCCCCACGUCCACAAGCAGCCCGAGAAGACAACCCGAGUCCGGACUGUCCUUAAUGAAAAACAGCUUCACACCUUGAGGACCUGCUACGCUGCCAACCCCAGACCUGACGCCCUCAUGAAAGAGCAACUGGUAGAAAUGACUGGCCUCAGCCCGAGGGUCAUCAGGGUUUGGUUUCAAAACAAGCGAUGCAAGGACAAAAAAAGGAGCAUUAUGAUGAAGCAACUUCAGCAGCAGCAACCCAAUGACAAAACUAAUAUCCAAGGGAUGACAGGAACUCCAAUGGUGGCUGCUAGUCCGGAGAGACAUGACGGCGGUUUGCAGGCGAACCCCGUGGAGGUGCAGAGUUACCAGCCGCCCUGGAAAGUACUGAGUGACUUCGCGUUGCAGAGUGACAUAGACCAACCUGCUUUUCAGCAACUAGUUAAUUUUUCAGAAGGAGGACCUGGUUCCAAUUCUACUGGAAGUGAAGUAGCAUCAAUGUCCUCUCAGCUGCCAGAUACACCCAACAGCAUGGUAGCCAGUCCUAUUGAGGCAUGAGGAACAUUCAUUCAAAUAUCUGUUGUUGUUGUUUCUACCCUUACCCUCACCCCUGUUGAAGAGAGUGGGAAAGUGAACGUGUUGGGACUUCGAAAUUUAGGGGGAAAGAAUACUUAACAACCCUGUAACGAACCUAGCAAGGAACUGCUCCAUGAGAUGAACGGAGUCAUAUUUGAAAAGACAAGGUAAUAUGGUAGCAACACUGUGAAGACAAUCAUGGGAUCUUACUAGAAAAACGUACUUAAAAGAACCACAAAACCCCGUGCUUUUCAAUGGUCAGAGGAGUAUCAAAAAGACAUUUUCCAAAUAUAAAGGAUUUGUACUCAUGGAUC